AGAGCCUCCAAGCUUUGAAUCUCUCUCCCUCCUCUUCCUGAAAGUCUCCAUCUUCUCUCUGUAAACAUGCUCAGAUCUCUGCCCCUGAGAUUCAAUUUCACCUUCUGAUCUACGGGUCCUCGUCUCCGUCUCUGUCGAUCUAUAUACGUAAACGCCUAAAAUGGGGGGUUACAGAGCCGACGACGAUUACGAUUACUUGUUCAAAGUGGUACUCAUCGGCGAUUCCGGCGUCGGAAAAUCCAACCUGUUGUCGAGAUUCACCAGGAACGAGUUCAGCCUCGAGUCCAAGUCCACAAUCGGCGUCGAAUUCGCCACUCGCAGCAUUCACGUCGAUGACAAGGUCGUCAAGGCGCAGAUUUGGGACACCGCUGGGCAAGAAAGAUACCGUGCAAUCACAAGUGCAUACUAUCGAGGAGCUGUUGGUGCAUUGCUUGUUUUUGAUGUCACUCGGCAUGUCACAUUUGAAAAUGUAGAAAGAUGGUUAAAGGAGCUUCGUGAUCACACAGACUCCAGCAUCGUGAUUAUGCUUGUUGGAAACAAGGCAGAUUUGCGUCAUCUGCGAGCGGUCUCCACUGAGGAUGCCACAGCAUUCGCUGAAAGGGAGAAAACCUUUUUCAUGGAGACCUCUGCUCUAGAGUCUUUGAAUGUGGAAAAUGCCUUCACCGAAGUACUUACUCAAAUAUAUCGUGUUGUAAGCAGGAAGGCUCUGGACGCUGGGGAUGACCCAGCAUCCUUGCCUAAGGGACAAACCAUUAAUGUUGGUGGCAAGGAUGAUGUAUCAGCUGUGAAGAAAGUUGGGUGCUGCUCAACAUAGUCCUAAAGAAAAGCACGGCAUUGCAAAUGAUAUUCUCAUAUUCUCCCUUGGAGACCCCUUUUCAUAUGAUUGUGGAACACGUUUGGAUAUGUCAAUGCUAGAAGCACAAAAAUGUCGAGACAAAGAUUUGUUUGUACCCUAUCUUCAUGUGAGAUUCUCUACUUUCCUUCACUGAACUGGAGCACCAAGAGUAAGGACACGAUUCGUUUUCAUUUUUCCGGCAUAAAUCUUUUCCUUUUUCUUUUCAUUGCUGUACUACUGUGCUCUUAGCUACUCCAUAGGUAACUUUUGUAUUUUUGAUUGCUUGGGAUUGGGAUAUGAAAGCGUAUCAACAUAAUUAUCCUCUCUA